AUGGUGUUCUGGCGCAGCUCGCUUACUGGCUACGUUAUUACGCCGCGAAGCGCUGAACAAGCAGCCUUAGGGAAAGACAUCAUCGAUUUGAUGGAUGCUCUCAGUAUCGAGAAAGCUAUACUAGCAGGUUACGACUGGGGAACAGUCGUUGUUAAUGUCGCCGCGGCACUGUGGCCCAAUCGGUGCACAGGAAUGGUUGCCGCAAACUCUUAUCUCAUUCAGGAUCGAGAAACGGCUUGGGCCAUUGCAUCUGCCAGUUAUUUCCCCGUGAAGUGGUACUAUUAUGUCUUCCUCACACCGCCAGGGUAUGCUUCCUUGGCCAAUGAUACGAAAGGAUGGGCAGAAGUUCUUUGGACAAGAAAUAGUCCUAAUUGGACUUACACUGAGAGUCAACUUGGUGCCGCAGCAUUGGCAUUCCAUAAUCCAGACUUUGUCGACAUUGCAACGAAUUUCUAUCGUAAUCGCCUCCUCUACGCUAUUGGAGACCCUAGCUACAAAGAUUUAGCAAACCAGCUAGACAAGCAGCCAGUCAUCACUGUCCCUUCUGUGACUCUUGACCCAGACCAAGCCGUGGUGUUUCCGGCAACAGACGGAAGUGCUACUGCGAAGUACUUUACCGGCCCGAGAGUCCACCAUAUUGUGAAGAAUUGCGGGGAGAACAUUCCCCUACAAAAACCACAGGCAUUUGCAGACGCAAUAUUCCAAGUAUCACAACUUGGGAGCUAA